AUGCCGGGUGGACCAGAUACUCUCACGAAUAUUUCUAUUGAUAACUACCAAGAUGUAAAUGCUCCUAAUUCAUAUCUAGUGUAUUGGUGGUACUAUCAGGGUGCGGCGGAGGCGCGUGUUGUGAUGGAAGAGUAUCUUAGCAGUUAUCCGGACGGAACAGUUGGAAUCGGGAACAUACAGUACGAUUCCAUCAAGCACGCAACCUUCAAUCCCGAUCACAAGGUCGAGUGCGAUCAGAGUGCAAAAGUCACAACAUUCCAUCAUGGCAAGGACACAAAAUCGAAGGGCUGGAUUGCUGGAAGUAUAUACAUGAAUCAGAGCACGCCGCAAGUGGCCGAUUACAUCAUCAACUUCUUCGCCUCGGAUAAAUACAAGAAUACUGGGUAUCAAACGUACAAAGGUGGGUGGGGCUUUACGCCUUUAGGCGGGCAAGUCAAAAACAUCUCCAAAAUAGACACAGCGUUCUGGGCCCGGGAAGCUCAAGUUGAACUCGAAGUAUAUAUGAACAGGGGAAGAACAGGAUGA